AAGAAGCGUGCGUAAAUUCAAAAGUUCGAAACAAUAAUUUUGUAAUGAUUUCGAAAUAACGCGUGUGUUGUGUUCGCCACGGAAAAAUAGUUUAAUAUUAAAAAAGGAAUGCAAUCAUAAUGGCAUUCAUACAUUAUGUAUCCACGAUAACGAAUGAAAUAUUUCUGUUAUUUUUUAUUUGUUUGCUAUUAAUUUACGUUUGGUAUAAAUACAAAUUUACGUAUUGGGCUAGGAAAGGUGUGUUUGGACCUAAACCGAUAUUUCCCUUUGGCAACGUGCGUGAUGUGAUCCGAAGAAAGGAGCAAUUCUUUGAACCGUAUUGUGAUGCUUAUUUUAAAUAUAAGCACCUGCCAUAUGUAGGAUUUUAUUCUUUUAAUUUACCAGUGCUAAGUGUUAACGAUCCGGAUUUGGUAAAGCAUGUAUUGAUAAAGGAUUUCGAUCAUUUUCAAUCUCAUGGAAUAUUUUCGAGCGGCGUAGGGAACCCUUUAGGUGGACAUUUGUUUAACAUACACGGUCAGGCAUGGAAAGAGCUACGUUUCAAGCUUUCGCCAGUGUUUACACCCGGCAAACUGAAAACUAUGUUCCCGUUAGUGGAAAAAAUAGCAAAUGAUGCUUUGCACUACAGCGACACAAUGUACUUAAAGAAUGAAGCGAUUAACUUUUCCGAAUUCUCGGAGAAGUAUUCAAUGGAAAUUAUUGGAAGCGUCGGUUUUGGCGUUGAGUGCAACGGAUUCAAAAUUUCCGAUUCAGAAUUUUAUAGACGAGGGCAUGAAUAUUUUGAACCGAAAACUUUAUACUGGACAAUAAUACGAGCGAUCUCAUUUUUUGCACCAGAAUUUUUCAAAAAAUUGAGAGUUAAUCGUGUAAAUCCUGAUAUGAACAAAUUCUUUUACAAUCUUGUUAAAGAGACAGUUGAAUAUCGACAAACUCACAAUUACCAGCGAUCAGAUUUUCUUCAAGCUCUAAUAGAUUUAAUGAAUAAAGAGAAGUUAAUUACAGACACGAAGGGCGAGGCAACUCCUUUCACUCUAACAGAUAUCGCAGCAAACACUAUGCUUUAUAUGUUCGCUGGCUACGAAACGUCGGCCACCACAAGUCAAUUUGCUGCUUAUGAAUUGGCAUGUAAUCCUCAAAUUCAGUCCAAAGCUAGGGAAGAAAUCUUAAGAGUAUUAAAGAAGCAUGGCGGUCAAUGUACAUAUGAAGCGCAGAACGAAAUGACCUAUAUAAACAUGAUUCUUGACGAAACAAUGCGAAUCCAUCCACCGAUGCGUGCAUUGUUCCGAAGAUGCACAAAAGAUUACAAGAUGCCUGACAGUGAGUUGAUAAUUGAAGAAGGCACGCUAGUAUUCAUUCCGAUACAAUCAAUACAAAUGGAUCCAGAUAUAUUUGAAAACCCGAACACAUUUGAUCCCGACAGGUUUGCUCCUGAGAAAAAAUCAAAGAUGCAUCCUUGUCAUUGGAUGCCGUUUGGCGAAGGUCCAAGGAAAUGCUUAGGUCUACGUCAAGGUUACAUUCAGUCUAAAAUGGCGUUAGUGAAAAUACUUCAAAAGUACGAAAUUUUACUGGACGAUCGGACUGAGACUCCCAUAAAGAUGAAAGCGUCUUCUCUGGCAUGUGCGGUGGAUGGCGGAGUUUGGAUAAAGUUAAAAAAACUGGAGACAUGACACUCGGUGAAAUAGAGGGAUAUGAGUGAUUUAGAAAGUGAUAGUAAAAUUAAGAUUUUUAGUUUAAAAACAUUUUAUUUUAUAGUGCCAAAAUUAGUUCGUUUGUAAUUAUUUGUGUUUGAUUAUUUUUAAUAAUUAUUUUGAGACUUUGUAUUAAUUUACCUGAUGAAAGAUAUAUUUAAAGGCGUUAGCAUGGUAUGAAUGUGGUGUCCCUUUAUGUAUAUUUCGUUUUUGGUAUAGCGGGUAAAAUAAAAAAGA